AGAGUGUGUAUUAUUUAUUUAAGGUUUCAACAGUUACCUGGAAUAUGUCAACUAUAUAACGGGACGACUUGCAACGAAUUUUUAAAAAAUUCGUAUGUAUUUAUAUCUCCAAACGUAACCAUAUAUGAUUUAGAAGAACGAUUGAGAGCCGCCUAUGGGGUGAUUAAAGAGUCAAAAGAUAUGAAUUCAAACUGCCGAAAAUAUGCUCUGCCGAGUUUAUGUUUGAGUUCACUUCCAAUAUGUAGAACACCUGAAAGAACUAAUUUAUUAUAUUUUGCCAAUGUUGCGAUGAUCAAUAAUAAAUACGAUGGAAAUUAUACACGAAGGAAAAGAUUUGUUUCAAAAGAUAAUAAAAAUAGGCAUUUGUUUCUUAAAAAGAAGUCGGUUUACUACAGCGACGUAUUCACGAAAGAUGUGUCAAGCAAAUAUCCACCAACUAGAGAAUCUGAAAAUUUAAAACGGAUUUGUCGAGAAGAAUGUGAACUUUUAGAAAAUGAACUGUGCCAAAAAGAAUAUGCUAUUGCUAAACGACAUCCAGUGAUUGGUAUAGUAGGAGUAGAGGAGUGCCAGAAAAUACCCCAAGACAAAGAUUGCUCUACAUUAGGGAUAACUAUUGAAGUAGAUGAUGCUGAAAACUGCUUUUGGGAAGACGGUUCAAGUUACAGAGGAAUUAAAAACGUUAGUGUAUCUGGGAAGCCGUGUUUAAGAUGGUCUUGGCUUAUGAAAGAAAUCUCAGACUUUCCAGAACUAAUAGGACAAAACUAUUGCAGAAACCCAGGAAGCAUGGAAAAGACACCGUGGUGUUUUGUGGAUAACAAAUCAUUAGAUCGAAGCAUUGAACCUUGCGAUAUUCCAAAAUGCGUUGAUAAAAUCUGGCUAAGUAUUAUUGUAACAUUAGGUUUGAUAAUAGCAACAGUAGUCCUCAUUUCAAUUUUACUUCUGAAGAAAAAAAAAGGUGGAAUGAAAAAUAUACAAAAUAUUAACACACCUAAUGCUGGCAACAAUAUUUAUGGAAACUCUCAAUUAAAUACAAACCAAGAUUCAGGAAGACCUUCAAAUAGUCUCGUCGAUCAAAUAGGCAUACCAUCUAAAAAUAUAGAAAAAACUUCACUUUUGCGAAUUCCACAUUUUACUUUACAAGAUAUUGAGUUUUGUGAGGAAUUGGGAGAAGGAGCAUUUGGUAAAAUUAAAUUCAUGUACAUAUAUAUGCAUUAAUACAAGAAUGAAUUU